CAAGCAUGGUGGCUCCGCACCGGAAGUGGCUCGUUAUGCCGCAGCUGUCAGGACUUCCGCGGGGCGGAAGAGGCAUGCCUGCCGGUGUCCGACCGUUUCCAGCCCCCUCUGCUUGCAGGAUCCCAUGAGUAAGCUGUGGCGACGCGGGAGCACCUCUGGGUCCAUGGAGGGCCCUGAGCCGGGGGAAGCGCUGGAGUUGAGCCUGCCCGGUGCCCACGGCCACGCGAUGCACAAGAAAAAGCACAAGAAGCACAAGAAGAAACACAAGAAGAAACAUCACCAGGAAGAGGAGGCUGGGCCCACGCAGCCGUCUCCUGCCAAGCCGCAGCUCAAGCUCAAAAUCAAGUUAGGGGGGCAGGUCCUCGGCACCAAGAGUGUACCAACCUUCACUGUGAUUCCGGAGGGGCCUCGCUCACCCUCUCCUCUUAUGGUUGUGGAUAAUGAAGAGGAGCCCAUGGAAGGGGUCCCCCUUGAGCAGUACCGUGCCUGGCUGGAUGAAGACAGUAAUCUGUCCCCCUCACCACUUCGGGACCUGUCAGGAGGCUUAGGGGGUCAAGAAGAAGAAGAGGAACAGAGGUGGCUGGAGGCCCUAGAGAAGGGGGAGCUGGAUGACAAUGGCGACCUCAAGAAGGAGAUCAACGAACGGCUGCUCACGGCGCGGCAGCGCGCUCUGCUGCAGAAGGCGCGGAGUCAGCCCUCGCCCAUGCUGCCGCUGCCGGUGGCCGGGGGCUGCCCGCCGCCGGCGCUCACCGAGGAGAUGCUGCUGAAGCGCGAGGAGCGGGCGCGGAAGCGCAGGCUGCAGGCGGCGCGGCGGGCCGAGGAGCACAAGAACCAGACGAUCGAGCGCCUCACCAAGACUGCGGCCCCGAGCGGGCGGGGAGGCCGAGGGGCGGCGAGGGGCGAGCGGCGCGGAGGGCGGGCCGCGGCCCCGGCCCCCAUGGUGCGCUACAGCAGCGGGGCCCAGGGGUCCACCCUCUCCUUCCCACCCGGCGUCCCCGCCCCCGCCGCCCUGGCCCCGCGGACGUGCCCGCCGGCCCCUCCCCCGAGAUGCUCGGUCCCGGGCUGCCCGCACCCGCGCCGCUACGCCUGCUCUCGCACCGGCCAGGCGCUCUGCAGCCUCCAGUGCUACCGCAUCAACCUGCAGAUGCGGCUGGGGGGCCCCGAGGGGCCCGGGUCGCCCCUUCUGGCUACUUAAGAUCCUCACUCAAUGCGGACUCUGCGCCCUCUGCCCUCCCGUUUUCAGUAUCUCCUAUUAAAUUUCGUCUGGUGCCUCGA